GUUCUUCAACUUCCGCUUUCCUCUUCAUGCAGCUGUGGAGGGCAAUGUGGUGUCUCUGCACUGGUCCUGGAAUUUGCACGGGCUGGGGCAUCGCCUGAACUACCCCAAUCAUGUGGUGCUCCAGAUACGACAACGCGGAAAGUGGCGGCAGCAGCAGCAACAACGACGGUGGCGCAGGACCUGAAGUUGCAGGACCACACCCUGAAAAGGGGAGACAUCAUCCUGGCGAUCAAUGGAAAGAAGACCCAGUCGGCUAUGACUCACGACUUGCAAGCAUCACUCGAGCUCUAG